UGGGCACAGAACCCCUCAGUGACUGCUAAUAUCCUUAUCAUUUACAGUAGGGGGUACAUAAUAAGCAGAUAGUUUGUAGCCUUAUAGACACCAACACCUAACCCUAUUGUAAGGAUGAUAUAUAUUUAUAGUGUAAUUGCCUCUGGAUAUUCCAUUACAGAUUGGUGCUGCCGUAUGAAGGUCGGUUCCGCUGCUCAGAAACAGGAAUACAGUUCUGUGUGGAAUCCCCAACCUUUAUUGAAUUUGAGCUCAGUUCCUGGGAAGAAUAUUUAGGAUAUUUGGAGCAAUAUUUAUAUCACAUUGUCGGCCCUCUGUUCAACAUCACAAUAAGAUACGGGCGGGUAUCAGCGGUGUAUCUGCCUCACUACGUGUGUCUGAGGGGGGGGCAGGUUGAUACUAAGCGGUUCAGAGUGGCACAUUACAAACAUGGCAAUAUGGUACUGGAGACCCCGGCAGCAGUUCAGCCAUUUUAUGUUGUACUCAAAGAACCGACCUUCUCCCCAAUUGGAGUCGUUAUGAUGAGGACUUUACCCGGCAUAUUUAGGAAAAAAAUCCCGACUCACGGAGCCAUCCUUAUAUACUGCCGAUACAUCACCGGUUAUACCCUCCACCUGUACUUGGUGCCACAGGACCCCUCGUUACUAAAGGAGCUGCACAAGAAGGAGGAUGGAAGCGGAUUUUCCUGGGUUGCCAAACCCCCUCAGACAAACACUGUGUAUAGUAGGAGACGGUAUUUUGUGGGAGGGCCCGAGACUGCGAGAAUAAACCCAAGGGAUCUAAAGCUGAGAUUUCAUGACAACCCAAGCAUGUACCCUUACAGUGAGAUCUACCUGCUGGAUGUGACUGACGAGAUCUCAUUGACUGUGACCUGCACACAGAGCCAAAGCGCCAUGUGGGAUGUUCUACUGAGGAGAGGUAACUGUCAUUCAUCAUUCCUAACAGCCCCCGCCCCGGGGAGCUUACAAUCUAAGUUCCCCCGAGAGUACCCAUUGGCUGUUGAAGCCGUCAAUCAAUCGCUGUGGAUUUUGGCGCGCUUCUGUGAGAUCCCGCGGGAAGUCACGCUUGUUGACGAGACUUCGCGGAGCGUCGGCCAUUUUGUGACAGACCUCGGACCCAGAUGCAAGCCCAACAUGCUGCCUGAAUGGGAGUUGGUAAGCGGUUGCUACCACUGA